AUGGACUGGUUAUGAAGAUUCUCAUCACCAUUUGUAUGUUGACAGUUACAGUGAGUGUAGCAGAACAGCGUAUUAAUUAUGGUGUAGAAUUUAAACCAAUUACUAGAAUGAUUACCGGAGUUGGAUAUUGGAAACAUACAUUCAAGUUAGAUUUACCUAGAUUGCAUGAAGUAGAGAAUAUUAAGUCACCUUGUCCUAAUCAAGAGUAUAUGUAUUGUUAUUAUUACAUUCACAAGGGCCUGGAAACCUUGAUGUCAAUGAAAAGUCAGACGGUACACGAUUUAAACAUCACUUUAAAUGCAAUAUAUGAUAUGUUACCUGAUAUUGAAAUGAAAGAUCAGUCCCGUUCUCAAAGAUCAUUGUUACCAUUGGGAAAUUUCUUUAAAAAUUUGUUUGGAGUAUCAAGUGAAUCAGAUGUAGAUGAACUACGUAAAUAUGUUAAGCUGUUUAUAAAAACAAACGAAAAAAGGUUUGAAGUACAAGGACACGAAUUAUCCUCGUUUAUGCACAACGUAGACCACAGAAUGGAAAACAUGAAAAAGGCCGUUGUUCGUAAUUAUAAUUUAUCAAAACAAUUACGUUCACAAUUACAGCAAAGUGAUACGGCAAGGAGUAUUGUAUUCCAUUUAUCAAGAAUAUUUAUGCAUGAAAAUAUGGCAAAUUCUCAAUUAAUGUUUGCGUUUAACAACGUAUUGUUAGGAUGUUUACAGUUGACAAAAGGGCAAUUAUCGCCAUUGUUGGUUUCCCAAGAGCAUUUAAAACAGAUCAUUAAUCAAAUUGAAAAGGAAGCACAGAAAACGAUCAAUCCGCUACAUGUUAUUUAUUCAAAUCCUAAAUAUUACUUCAAGGAAGGACAGUUUACAUAUGGAAAACACAAAAAUUCAUUAUUCAUUAACCUACAAAUUCCUAUUUCUGCUUAUCCCCAUACAUUAGAUGUUUAUGAAGUAAAAACAUUCCCCGUUCCUUUAAAUCAAUCUACAAACCACGCUUCACAAAUACUGGAUCUACCAAAAUAUUUGGCUAUUUCUCACGAUAAACAACAUUAUUUUCCCAUGAAUAAUCCUACCUGGAAGAAAUGUCAUGGAGAUCAUGUCAAAUUAUGUCCUUUCGUGUAUCCUUUCAGGACUGCGACGCAUUUCUCCUGUGUUACAGCAUUAUUUUUUGACUUGUCAGACGUUAUUACUGAAACUUGUAAUUUCCGUUUUCUGCAUAAUGUCGUUCAACCCAACGUGCGCGAAUUAUCAAUAGGAAAAUUGUUGUUAUAUAAUAUCACUGAUAUAACAGUGGAGUGCCCUACAAGUACUACUUCCCAACCAGGCUGUCAAUAUUGUGUGAUACAUUACUCAUGUUUUUGCGGUUUAACCUUAGAUAGUUUUUAUUUGCCUCCGCGUGUUUAUGAUUGCAAGAAUGAUACAUCAAUUACAAAAUUACACCCUGUUAAUCUUGGUUUACUGCAAUAUUUUUAUUCCAAUAAAGAAAUAUCACAAAUAGGAAGUAAUGAUUUCUUUUCUCAACCCCUUGAUACUAAUUCUUCCAGAUUACACAUGUACCAACAAGAUUUUUCGAAAUUUGAAUUUAAGAAAACUAGCUCAAGCAGCAAAACACAAUGA